AUGAAGAGUUAUGGAAUCAGCUUGUUAGGAGUAAGUGAGGCGAGAUGGACAGGCACUGGAAAGAGACAGUUUGCAUCAGGACAAACCAUAGCCUUCUCAGGAAGAUCAGAUGACCAGCAUGAUCAAGGAGUAGCCCUGAUUAUGGACCAAGAAGCACACAAAAGCCUGAUGGAGUGGAAGCCUAUCAACAAAAGACGUAUCAUGUCAGCAAGAUUCAACUCUGCAUACGCUAAACUCACAAUUAUAGUUUGCUAUGCACCAACAGAGGUUGCGGAAGCUACAGAAAAAGACGCCUUCUACGACCAAUUACAAGAAGUCAUUGAAUUAACACAAAAACAUGAUGUCCUUCUUGUCUUCGGAGAUUUGAAUGCGAAAGUCGGAAAGGACAAUACAGGUAAGGAAUCCACAAUGGGCACACAGGGAUGCGGAAUAAGGAAUGGCAAUGGUGAGAGAUUGACAUGGAGCAAGAUUGACGAACGGAAUGAGGUGAGGAAGAAGUUGUUGCAGACAAAGUCGGAGCGGAUAAAACAGCAGCUGAAAGACAUUUAUGCAACCUUGGACAGAGACGUUAAGACACAUUCUAAAGCAGACAAGAGGAAAUUCAUUGACAAUCUGGCAACUGAAGCCGAAGAUGCAGCUGCACGGCAAGAGCCGCAAGAUAUGGGCACGCUGUAUAGGAUCACAAUGAUAUUGACAGGAGGAUUAACUUCUACUGAAGUUCCAGUGAAGAAUUUGCAAGGGGAAAUUGUUUCCACUGACGUAGAAAAAGUGAGUUGUUGGGAAGAACACUUUGAGAGAGUACUCAACAGGGCGGAUCCAUCCACUGAAGCAGUUAUUGCUCCUGUAGAAAUCCCACUUGACAUCAAUACAGAGCCACCAACUAUACAAGAGAUCAGACAGGCCAUCAAGAAGUUAAAGAAUGGAAAAGCUCCAGCAUAA